UGUAAGAAAGCUUGUCCGUAGUUUAGAAAAAAAAAUCGCUAUGCUGCUUAUUAAAGUUUCAUCAAUAUGAGAUGACAGGAUAAAUGAGUCCCUGAUGAAAUUGAUCCUCAAUCCAAAUUAAGAGGUUUGCUUGCUACGCCAACCUCACAAAAAUGGGAGAUUUAAUCAAAUCUUAUUUUCUUGCAUCAUUUGCCUCUAUUGUUCUGGUUUACAAAUUGGUAAUGACAGAUCUGCAGAAGUAACGUCACAUGAAUUUAAAAUAAACGCAAAAGACUUGCUCAAUCAUGCAGUUAGCACCGAGAGAACGCAUAUGCUGAGCUUCAGCUGAUCCGAAAGGGACCAGCCUAUCUUGGUUGAUCCUCGUUUUGAUCUCGAGGCUGUGUAGCAGACCGAAGUGAAAGCGGGAACAAAUGCAAUGAUAUUCGUCAUAGUGGACAUCUCUCACUCAAAAUUCACAGUAAAUUCGUGGGCUUAACAUUUUGAAAAAGACCGAUCUUCAAAGUUUCAUCAUGGCAAGCAUCACAAAGAUGAGCAUACAGGGCAUCCGUAGCUUUGGCCCUGAUGAUAGUGACCGCCAAGUCAUACAUUUCUUCACUCCAGUCACUCUCAUAUUAGGAGACAAUGGCACAGGAAAAACAACCAUCAUAGAGAGUUUGAAGUACUCAACAACUGGUGAAUUCCCACCUGGGGCUGGCAGAGGACAGGCUUUUGUGCAUGAUCCAAAGAUUGCCAAUGAGCCACUAGUCAGAGGUCAAGUGCGGCUCCAGUUCCAGGAUGUUCAAGGCAAGAUAUGUAUCGUCCAGAGAACAAUAGAAGCUCAGCAGAAGGCGAAGCAGAUAACAUUUCGCCAGCUGGAGGGAUUAAUUACGAGAAAGCGUGCUGAUGGUUCUAAAGUUAGCACAAGUUCUAAGUGUGUAGAAAUAGACAGAGAGAUGGUCCAGUCCCUAGGGGUGUCCAAGCCUAUUCUGCAGAAUGUCAUCUUCUGUCACCAAGAAGACUCCAAUUGGCCACUUAGUGAAGGUAAAGCCUUAAAGCAAAAGUUUGAUGACAUCUUUGCCUCCACCAGAUAUGUGAAGGCCUUGGACACAAUACAGAAGUUUAAGAAGGAGCAGGUGGUUACCAUAAAACAGUACCAAACUGAAAUCAAGUUCUUAAAACAGAACAAGGAAAAGGCUGCAGAGCAUGGGCUUAACAUUUUGAAAAAGACCGAUCUUCAAAGUUUCAUCAUGGCGAGCAUCACAAAGAUGAGCAUACAGGGCAUCCGUAGCUUCGGCCCUGAUGAUAGUGACCGCCAAGUCAUACAUUUCUUCACUCCAGUCACUCUCAUAUUAGGAGACAAUGGCACAGGAAAAACAACCAUCAUAGAGAGUUUGAAGUACUCAACAACGGGAGAAUUCCCACCUGGGGCUGGCAGAGGACAGGCUUUUGUGCAUGACCCAAAGAUUGCCAAUGAGCCACUAGUCAGAGGUCAAGUGCGGCUACAGUUCCAAGAUGUUCAAGGCAAAAUAUGUAUCGUCCAGAGAACAAUAGAAGCUCAGCAGAAGGCGAAGCAGAUUACAUUUCGCCAACUGGAGGGAUUAAUUACAAGAAAGCGUGCUGAUGGUUCUAAAGUUAGCACAAGUUCUAAGUGUGUAGAAAUAGACAGAGAGAUGGUCCAAUCUCUAGGGGUGUCCAAACCUAUUCUACAAAAUGUCAUCUUCUGUCACCAAGAAGACUCCAAUUGGCCACUUAGUGAAGGUAAGGCCUUAAAACAAAAGUUUGAUGACAUCUUUGCCUCCACCAGAUAUGUGAAGGCCUUAGACACAAUACAGAAGUUUAAGAAAGAGCAGGUGGUUACCAUAAAACAGUACCAAACUGAAAUCAAGUUCUUAAAACAGAACAAGGAAAAGGCUGCAGAGAUUCAACUUAACCUGACUGAUACCCUGGCUAGAUUUGAAGCUUCCAAAGAAUCUGUGGUCAAAAUUAGAGAGAAGUUAAAGCCAAUUGAGGAGCGUUUAGACCACAUCAGCUCAAAGAGUGCGGAUAUUUAUAAACUGAAUACAAAAGUUGAAAAACUUGCCAGUGAGAAGCACCAGAUGGAGAAAAGCUACAAGGAGCUAAGGGAGAGUAUAGAGAAUGAAUUUACUGGUACCACUGAGGCAUUGAGGAGAGAAUUAUCUGAAUUCUCCACCAAAGUUAAGAGAAAGCAGGAUGAACUGAAAAAGAUUGAAGCUCAAUUGUUGUACAGUGCCAAGGAAAUAGAGAAGAAAUCUCAGCAGAAGUCUUCUUUAUUGGUGGAGCAGGGAAGACUGGCACAGGCUGCUGAGCGCCAAGAAGACAACAUCAGACAAAGGAAUGCUUUGAUAAGAAAAAUUGCAGAUGUUUAUGGAUUUGAAGGGUUCUCUGCUGGGUCCAUAACUGAGGAAAAAUUGGCAAGAUUUCAAGAGUUGAUGUCAGAAAAGUACCAAGAGUAUAUGGCUGAAGCAAGGGAAAUCAAAGCUCAGUUUGAAGAGCGAGAGAUGCAGAUACAGCAGAAACUUGAUGAACUCAGAGAUUCUAAAACAAAAAUGGAGCAGAGUGAGCGAAUGAAGAAUGAUUUGAUAAGAAAGAAUGAAACUGAAAUCCGUUCCAUCAGGCAAGAACUUAGCAGGGUAGAUGCCUCUGCUGGGAAACUAGAGGGGAUUGAUACUGACCUGAAAAGAACAGAACAUGAGUUGUCAGAGGCUGAAAAUGGUGUGAAUUUAGAUGAACUGAGGUCAGAAAUAUCUGAUCUACAAAGAAAGAAAACAGAACUGGACAAGCAGCACAGUAACCUAAGUGCAGAGAUGAGCCGCAUGCACUUACAGUCCAGUGCACAGACUCAGCUAGACAUGUUGAGGAAGGAGAAGGUCCAGAAAGAAGACUUGAUAAAGAAGCUGAAGUCCAAGCAUGAAGAUGCACUGAUACAUUUACUGGGUCAUGUACCUGCAACCAAUGUGAAAGGAACAGUGGAACACUUCAUUGCCAAGCAGUCCAAUGAAGUGAGUCGCAUGAGGAAAGUCCUGGAUAAGGAAAACAAGGAGAUGGCGUCCAAGGAAGCUACAAGGAAGAUGAUAGUAACCCAAGUCAAAGAAAAAGAAGAUGAACUAAGAGGGCAUGAAGAGAAAGUGUUUGAGAUUGGUGGAAGUCAAAAUUUCGAUGAAGGUCUGUCGAAUCUGCAGUCAAGGAUUUCUGACCUUCAGGAUGAGAAAGGAGCUCUUAUUGGCUCCAGCCAUUUCUUCAACAAGUUCAUCAACAAGCUGAGACGCAAUGACCCCCAGUGUCCCCUGUGUCACAGAGGCUUUGAUGAGCAGCAGGAGGUGGAUGAGUUAAUAGAAGAGCUUCAAAAUCUGCUUAGCCUUGUGCCAUCCAAAGUGGAGAAAACUGAGGAAGAACUUGGUCAACAUCAGCAGCGCUAUGAUAGCAUGUUACAACUGAAACCAGUGAGGACCACUAUUUCUAAACUGGCAGACCAAGUCAUCCCAGACUUGAAAAACAAGCAGAGAGUCCUGUCAGAACAGAUAGAUAAACUGCAGCAAUCCAUUGCAGAGAAAGAUGAAGAUCUCCAGGAGAAGGAAUCAGAUGAAGUGACCGCCAAGUCCAUCUUGCCAGAGAUCGUUCAGCUGGACAGGUGUCAGAAAGAGCUGCAGGAGCUGGAGAGGAAGAUUGGCCAGCAGAUGGCCAAAAUGGGAACAACUGAUUCUAGUCGAACCAUGCAGCAAGUCAAUAAUGAGAAAGAGGAAGCACAAAUGCAGCUGGACACGGUCAACAGGACCCUUGACCACAAGAGACAAAAGCUGUCUGACCACUCAGAGCAGCUUCAGCAGCUCAAGUCUAGCAUCAAUGAGCUCAAGGGAGAGAAGCUGCAGAUAGAGAGAGACCUGCAACAGAGGUUAAAGCUGGAGGAGAGGAGGGCAGAGCUUGCAAGUGCCAAUCAAGCAGCUGAAAGAGAAAUCAAGGAAGCAAGGAACCAACUUCAGCCACUGAUGAGCCAGUUGGAAAAAUAUCGUAAAGACAAAGAUGAGAUAACCAGACAAAAGGAAGAGAAAAAUGAAGAAAAAUCAAGAGAGGCAAGAACAUUAGAAGAUAAAAGAGGAAAUGUGAAAUCAAUACAGAAAGAAAUUGUGAGGUACACGCAGGAGGGGUUGGAUAGGGCACUAAAUGACACAGAAAUCAAGCUGGCAGACAUACAGGAAAAAUUGGGAAGUGCACAGCAAGAACAGGAAAGUCUGAAUGGAAAAAUCAAUAAAAUAAAGGAAGAUUUGACAACACAGCAGGUAUCAUUGGACACGGUCAACAGGACCCUUGACCACAAGAGACAGAAGCUGUCUGACCACUCGGAGCAGCUUCAGCAGCUCAAGUCCAGCAUCAAUGAGCUAAAGGGAGAGAAACUGCAGAUAGAGAGAGACCUGCAACAGAGGUUGAAGCUGGAGGAAAGGAGGGCGGAGCUUGCAAGUGUCAAUCAAGCAGCUGAAAGAGAAAUCAAGGAAGCAAGGAACCAACUUCAGCCACUGAUGAGCCAGUUGGAAAAAUAUCGUAAAGAGAAAGAUGAGAUAACCAGACAAAAGGAAGAGAAAAAUGAAGAAAAAUCAAGAGAGGCAAGAACAUUAGAAGAUAAAAGAGGAAAUGUGAAAUCAAUACAGAAAGAAAUUGUGAGGUACACACAGGAGGGGUUGGAUAGGGCACUAAAUGACACAGAAAUCAAGCUGGCAGACAUACAGGAAAAAUUGGGAAGUGCACAGCAAGAACAGGAAAGUCUGAAUGGAAAAAUCAAUAAAAUAAAGGAAGAUUUGACAACACAGCAGGUAAAAGAACGAGAACUGAAUGACAACCUGAGUCUGAGAAACAAGGAGGAUGAAAUAACUGCGGUAACAGUGAAGAUUGAAGAACUAAGAGAACAGCUUGGAGGUCUAGAUGCUACAAACCUGGAAAGAGAGAGAAGGAAGUUGAAUGAGGAAUAUGAGACUUUAACAAAGGAGAAACACCAAAAGGAAGGCAGACAGCAUGGCCUGGAAGAGCAGAUCCGUCAGUUCAGGAGGGAAUUGAAGGAUGAUAUGUACAAAGAUGCUGAUGUCAAAUACAGAGACAAGAUGAUUGUUCUGAGAACCACAGAAUUGGCCAAUUUAGAUCUGGAAAAGUAUUAUAUGGCUUUGGACAGGGCCAUUAUGAGUUACCACAAAUCCAAGAUGGAGGAAUUGAAUAAGAUAAUCAGGGAGCUGUGGAGAACUACAUACAGAGGAACAGACAUAGAGACAAUUGAAAUUCGCUCUGAGGAUGAUGGCACAGGUAUCAGCAAGAGCAAGAGAAGCUAUAACUACAGGGUGGUCAUGAUCAAAGGGGGCACUCCUAUUGACAUGAGAGGGCGCUGCAGUGCAGGGCAGAAGGUGCUAGCGUCUCUCCUAAUUCGGCUUGCCCUGGCAGAGACGUUCUGUAUUAACUGUGGCAUCCUGGCCCUGGACGAACCCACCACUAACCUUGACAGAGCCAACAUUGAGAGCCUGGCAUAUGCUUUAGUGGAAAUCAUCAAGUCCCGCUGUAGUCAGAGGAACUUUCAACUGGUGGUGAUCACUCAUGAUGAAGAUUUUGUCUCACUUUUGGGAAAAUGUGGCUAUGUUGGAGAGAUUUAUAGAAUAAAGAAAAACGAGCAGGGUAACUCCACCAUUGCCAAAGCUUUAGUGAGAGAUCUAAUGUGAAAGAUGACUAAGACCUUACCUCUUUACUCUGUGGACUUGCCCAGCCCAUUAUACACCAUAUACACCAUAGUGCCAAAUGUCUGUAAGAGGUCUGCUUCUAACAGUACCACCAGAGCUUACUAGGAGGAGGUUUAGUUUUUUCAUGGACAUGGAAUCAUCUUUACAUCAUGUAUUAUCUUAGCAGUGCCACCAGAGCUAUGUGGAAGGUUUCUUUUUCAUGGACAUGGAAUAAGCUAUACAGCAUGUAAUGUCUAAUCCAGUAUCAUCAGGGCUUUAUAAAAAAGACAUGGGGAUUUGUGUUCAUUUAAAAUUUUCUGUAAGACACAUUGCCAUAAGGUGCUAUAGUCAACAUUUUCUUAGCAUGUUGAAAUGUUUUAGAAAUAUAUCAUAAAGGUGGCUGUUUUAUAUACAGAUACUGAUAUAAAAUAUUGCUACAUGUAAACAGUCCUCAACAAAAAUGCUCAUGACACAAUUAAGAGCUUCCAAAUGAAAAAAAAAAAAAAAAUAGAAAUAAACACUAGUACAAAAUCCUGACUAUGGUUCCUAGUCAUCAUCAGGCAAUGAUCAGUGUAUAGAAGAUUGCAAGUUAAAAGAUGGUGUAGACGAGUACAAAGGCGUUUAAUACUGCACUUGCGUCUACGAAGAAUACGUGGAACAGAAAUUUUGUCAAGCAGAAGCCAACUUGUUCAUCUCAUUUAGUUAAGCAAAAAAAAAAAAAAAAAAAAACUUUCAAGUUUAAGUUUUAUUCGUGAUAGCAUUUUUGUUUUCAUACGAAAAUGUAUGUUAAUCCAUUUUCCUUGAAUAAAAUGCUUGAAAGAUGAA